AUGGAUAGUUUUGAAAUAAAUUUUUUUAAAGUUUUCAGAAACAUAUAUAUAAAAAAUAUAAUUUUUGAACAUUUAAAACUUUUUAAUCAACAUUAUAAAAUUUUUACAAAUUCAAUAAAACAAUUAAAAGUGUUUAAAUAUAGAGACUAUAUAACAGAUUUAGUUUUAGAUAAUGAAGUUCAACUACUCAAGCCCGGUGAUAUUCCAAACUAUGUAAACAAAUUGUAUUUAAAUGAAGGUUAUUUUCUAAAAGAUGCCAAUACUAUACCCACAUCAGUCGAAUCUCUAUAUCUACUACAAGGUUCUGCAUUAAGAUAUAUGAGUGGAUACAAAAGAGUUUAUGGGGAAAAUAGCGAAAAUCUCCAUCUUUUACCAUCAUUAAAUGGAGAAAAUAAACCUUUACUACCAAAUAUUUUACCUCAGUCAAUUAAAACUCUAUAUCUAUCCCACAAAUUUAACCAGGUUUUAGCAGUGGGUUCAAUCCCAGCCUCAGUAGAAGAACUUACGAUUGGUGGCUCUUUUAAUAAACUACUAGAGGUCAAUGUAAUUCCAAAUGGUGUCAAAACAUUAAGACUAGGAGGCAGUUACAAUCACUUGUUAGAAAAAGACAUCAUACCACAAUCAGUUACAAUAUUACAACUACCAGCAUCUUAUAACCACCCAUUAAAACCAAAUGAUAUUCCAUGUGGUGUGCAUACUCUUAUAUUUGGUAAUCAUUUUGAUCAGGUUAUAAAACCAUUGGAUUUACCAGAUUCAAUUACAUCGCUUCAAUUUGGAAUUUUUUAUAACAAACCUUUUGAGCCAAAUGUUUUACCACGAAAUUUGCAAUCUAUAAAGUUUGGUCUCGAAUUCAAUCAGGUUUUACAUAAAGAAAUUUUUCCCAACACUCUAACCUCUAUUAAAUUUGGGGAUAAAUACAACCAACCAAUCCAAGAUUCAUUUCCAUCUAGUGUUGUUUCGAUAUUAUUUGGGGAUAAUUAUAAUAGAGCGUUUACAAAGAAUUCAUUUCCAUCCAGUGUCACCAAUAUUUCACUUGGGAAGCGUUAUAAUACCGAAAUCGAGGAGUCUGUUUUACCCAGUUCGUUAAAAUCAAUACAGUUUGGUGAAAAUUUUAAUCAAAAGCUUAAUAGGUGUAUUCCUCCAUCAUGUGAAGUAGUAUUAUUUGGUGAUGAUUUUAAUCAAGAUAUUAAGGAAUUCGAUAUACCAUUUGGGGUUAAAGAAUUAACAUUUGGAGCAAAAUUCAACAGACCUUUAGAUCCUUUUGUAUUACCCAACAGUAUUAAAUCUUUAAAAUUAGGUUAUUUAUUUACUCAAGAACUACAAGUUAAUUCAAUUCCCAGUAGCGUGGAGAAUCUUUCAAUGGGGAAUCUCUACAACAACCCCAUUGGGGAAGGUAUUAUACCAGAGAAUGUGCACACUCUUAAUCUUGGUAGUAGCUUUAAUCAAGUUUUACAUCCAAAAGGCUUUCCGCAAUCGUUAACAUCACUCCAUUUUGGUGACUCGUUUAAUAAACCUAUUGAUGAUGUUUUCCCACCAAGUUUAAAAAACGUAAUAAUGGGUAAUAGUUUUAAUCAGGCAAUCAAUUUAAAGAACACUUUAAUUGAAAAGUUCUUUGUUUCUGGUUUUUAUUUUACUCAUACACUCUCGGAAGAUAAUUUACCUGCUUCCUUAAAGCUUCUAGGUAUAAAUUCAGGGUAUAAAAAAUUGUUAAAUCUUCCACCAUCAACUAAAAUAUUAAAAUCAGAUUUUUAUUAA